AUGUGUCUUUACUCAAACUGUCAACUUUUCUUUUAUUCUUCAAUUGACAUUUUCUUUCUUCAAUUGCCUUUCUUCAACAUCGGCUUUCACAUUGCGAACGCUACAAGCUUUCAUAAAACCUUCUUUCUUCACCAUUGUCUUUCACAUUCCUGUUUUCUUUACCAGAUAUGUCUGGCUUUCAUAUCCCUCCUUUUUUCAAUAGAUACUACUAGCUUUCAUAAAGCCUUCUUUCUUUACCAUUGUCUUUCACUUUCCAGGUGUUUCUUACCAGAUAUUUCUGGCUUUCACAUUUCCUUCCUUCUUAAACAGACAAUGCUGACUUUCAUGAAUCCAUUUUAUUUUCAUGAUUUUCAAUCUUUCUCUACCAUAUAUUUCUGGUAUUCACAUGUCCUUCUUUCUUCUGGCUUUGACACUUCCGGCUUUCAUAUACUCUUCUUUCUUUCCCAGAAUAGGCUGGUUUUCACAUUUCUUUCUUUCUUCAUUAAACACUUAUGGCUUUCAUAUUCCCUUCAUUACACUUCUGGCUUUCAUAUUCCUCUCUCUUUUACUCAGAAAAUGAUGGUUUUCACAUUUGCUUCUUUCUUCACUAAACACUUCUGGCUUUCAUAUUCCUGUCUUUGUUACCCAGAAGAAGCUGGUUUUCACAUUUGCUUAUUUUUUUUACAACCCAAAAGUGUUGGUUUUCAUAUUCUUUUUCUUCUCUUUUAUUUCUUUUUUUUACUCAGAAAAAUGAAUUUGGUUUUCUUCUUUUGCUUAUUUUUUACGAAACAUUAUUUUUUUUUACGAAACACUUAUGGUUUUCAUAUUCACUUCUCUUUUACCCAUAAGAAGCUGGUUUUCACAUUUGCUUCAGCUUUUUUUUCAGUAUAUGGAACACUUUUACCCAUAAGAAGCUUUCAUUUGUUUCUUUCUUUCCCAGACUCUUCUGCUUUUUCAUUAGCUGGUUUUAUUUCUUUACCAAACACCAUUGGAUUCUUUUGCAUAGAGAAAAGAAACCAUGAAUUGCAAUCCAAAUCUUCAUAUCUAUCUAUCUAUCUAUCUAUCUAUCUAUCUAUCUAA